AUGCAGCUAGAAAUUGCAGCUGGUGGCAAGCAAGCACGCCAAUUUGGCAAUCAGAACUUUGGAAAUGCUUUGGGCACUGGCGCCUAUCCGGGCGCCAUAUAUCCCGGUGCAUUGCCAUAUCCAGGCAGUCCGCCAGGCUGUCCGCUCUGCGAUGCAUCUGUCUAUAGCUAUUGCUCCCACAAAGUGGUCCACGAUGCCUGUUGCUGUGACUUUGCAGGGUCUGGGAAGCCGCCGCAAUGCCUCUACUAUGACUGUGCGCUGCUCUACGCCAAAACCUGCUAUGAACACUCCCUGAUUAAGAACUGCUGCUGUAGUAGUCCCUAUUGA